CAGUAUUGACUUGUAUAUAGCAAUUUAUUACAAUGGUUGUCCAGAAAGUAACGAACGUUUUUAUCGCUGCUGUGUUACUAGAACCGUCAUCUCGGUGUCAAAACGUCCUCCCUGUAAAGCAUUUUGUACACUUCUAACUAUAAUGGUGCGUGAUGUGCUUUCUCUACUCAUUGUUCGUACAACUAUUACAAUAUUGCAAUUAUAACUAAUGAAAAUUACAGUACUAUAUCUAUUACAGUGAAUUUAUCUCUGAUAACAUUUUAUUUAUCUCAUGUUUACAUAUAUUUUCCGAUCAAGACAUAUAAUGAUCUAUAUGGCAUGACGGAAGGAAUUGCGUAAUAAGAUAAAAGGAGUUCAUGUAAUCACAGAGUAUAGAGAUUCUACUGACCCUGAUGGCGGUGAAGUGCGGCCAGUCUAGAGGACUACUCAAUCAGUACAUAGCUGCUGUGGCAGCAUGCUUCAGUGUUGUAAAUUCUUCAACAUGCUACGGAUGGACCACGCCCAUUCUGAACCACCUCCUUGGAUCUGACAGUGAGAUUCCUAUGACAAGGGAUCAAGCUUCUUGGGUCAUCUCUAUCAUAGAGCUUGGCAACCUGAUAUCCCCACUUCCAGCUGGAAUUCUGUCGGACUACAUCGGGCGCAAGCCAGUCAUCCUAGCGACUGGACCUCUCUACAUCAUCAGCUGGCUGAUGGUCAUCUUCUACCCUUCAGUAACUAUGUUGGGAGCAGCUCGAGUUCUGCAGGGGUUCUCGAUGGGACUGACAUUCACCGCUGCUCCUGUCUACUUAGGCGAAAUCGCUGGCAAAUCGACCAGAGGAGCAGUGACAAGCAUAUUCUUCAAUUCGUGGUGGCUAGGUUUCGUUAUACAAUACUCAGUGGGCCCUUUUCUUAGCUUUUACAAUUUUACCUACUUUACACUUGUUUUAAACAUACCUUUCAUGUUGUUAUUCUUCUGGCAACCCGAGAGUCCUUAUUAUUACGUUAUGAGUGGAAAUAUUGAAAAGGCGCGCAAAUCAUUAGCUUGGUUCCGAGACACUUCAACUGAUGAGUUAAAGGAAGAGUUAGAAGAGAUCAAAUGGAGUGUUGAAGCCAACCAGAGAUCAGCUGGGCUACGUGAUAUAAUAGGAAACCCAGAGGAAAGAAAAGCCCUAACCAUUCUGAUGAUGUUGACAGGAGCUAGAUUACUGAGUGGAACUGGAGCUAUCACUGUUUAUGCCACUGAUAUUUUCGAUAUGACGCCUAACCUCUCUAUAUCAUCUGAUGUAGUAACUAUGGCAGUUGGUGUUGUAAUGCUAGCUGGAGGGGUUAUUAGUUCAUUCACCUCAGACUCCUUGGGAAGAAGACCCUUGCUGAUGCUGUCAUGCAUUGGCACUUUCAUUUGCCAAUUUACUACAGGAACGUACUACUUACUUUUAUUUAAUACUUCUUUAGUUGUCUCUACGUUUAGUUGGAUCUCUCCAGUUUUAAUUCUCAUCUACUCCGGUUUAUGCACUACGGGUAUGUAUCCUGUAUGUUCUCUGUACACAUCGGAGCUGUUUAACUCCAAUACUAGAGGGAUUGCUUCCAGUAUUGGUGCCAUCAAUGUUACCAUAUUUUCUUUCGUAUUGUUGAUAAUGUAUCAGCCAGUGAAUGACCACCUUGGGUUAUAUGCCAAUUUUUAUUUUUACUCACUAACCAUUUUAAUUGGAGGCACUUACUUUUACUUCAACGCUCCAGAAACUAAAGGAAAAUCUUUUGUCCAGAUCAGAAAGGAACUUCUCGAGUUUAAAGCCUGAAGUUUCUAAAAGUAAUAUCAUUUCUCUAAUUAGAGUAGUUUUUAUCUAAGAGUUACUACUUAUUGACUCAGUUUCAUAUAUACAUAUUGUGUUGGGUUUUGUAAAGGAUCUCUGCGCAUAAAUGCUUAUAAAUUAUCUCAUACGUGUUUUGACUUAUUUAUAUUGUUAAUUAUAAUACUCAUACUGAUAUUUAUAUCACCUUUUUAUACUUAAGUCAAUAACUAUUAUUACUUUCAAGACUAACUUUUAAAAUGUUACCGGUUUAGUGAUAUUUUGGUAUUGAGUAUAAAUUUCAUAUAUAAAUACCACAGUUAAAUUCUAGAUUAUCGUUUGUUCAUUUAUUUUGGUAAAUUUUUCGAUGUUGUUUAAGAUACAUAAAGUAAGUAAAAUAAACUAUAUGGCAUCAAA